AUGGCUUCGGAACUACUGGCUAUGUUUUUUGUUCCACUGGUCACCGGAGUCUUGCUGAUGUUCUUGUUCAUGUCAUUUGGACAUGCUAAAAUCAUCCCAGAGAUUGGGGUGAUCAUUGGCUUCGCGGUGAGUGCACUUCUGGUCAUCAUCGGCGUGCUGAGAGCCCCAGUGAUCAUCUUCAAAUCUGUGUGCAUGGUGUUCGGAACGCCGGAGAAGCCAGAACCGCAACAGCGGCAAACAGGUCGGACAGCAACUAGGCGCGCCGAGCCUCCAACGCAACCACUUGGUGUUUGGGCCUCCUUGCAGAAAUGUCUGACAUGUCUGAGUUGUGGCGCUAGCAUCGUUGCACGUGCCCCGGUUGCCCCGCUUCCUCUUCCCUCAAGCGCGACACCAAGUGAUCACGAGCGCCUACUCGAAGAGCAAGACAUCGACAACGGGCCAGGUCUGAAACAAUCUUCCGCUCCAAAGGUUGCUACUGAAGAAAUCGUCCCUGUCUUCAAGGUUCGCUUGGGAAAGACAGUUCGUCUUUGGGUCAUGUUUGGUGACGACUUCUUGGACAUUUUCACGAUAUACAUGUUCUAUAAACAUGGUGAUCCGUGGUGGGCUACCUGGGCAGCCCUCAUUUUUGCAGCAUCAAGGCUUAUGUCUGCCGCGAUCCUUUCCAAGAUCGG